AUGUCGGCCCUUUUAUACGGCUACGUCGAGAAAAAGGUACUCGUUCUCACGGUACUGCAGUCUGCUAUCGAGCGUGUGAUCAAUACUCCUGACGAUGCCGAGCCGUCGGCCGAGGUGCCACUGGGCCUCUACAUUGUGCGUGGUGAUAAUGUGUGCAGCGUCGGAUUGGUGGACGAGGAGCUGGAUGCGUCUAUAGACUGGAGCAAGGUCAAGGGCAGUGUAAUUGGAACGACAAAACAUGUCUGA